CAGUAGUUUUUGACAACAACGACUCAAUCGACAAUGUUCACAUGGUGACUCCUGGCCAGAAAACUGCCACAACCCACCAUUAAUCUGUUCCAGUUUUUAUUCGUGGUCGCUGUAAAUCAUGGAGCCCACUGCGCCCAAAAGCAAGCUGAAAAAGCUGAGUGAGGACAGUUUGACCAAACAACCAGAGGAAGUGUUUGAUGUCCUCGAGAAGCUCGGUGAAGGCUCUUAUGGCAGCGUGUUCAAGGCCAUCCAUAAGGAGUCGGGUCAAGUUGUCGCCAUCAAGCAGGUUCCUGUGGAGUCGGAUCUGCAGGAGAUCAUCAAGGAGAUCUCCAUCAUGCAACAAUGUGACAGUCCCUAUGUGGUGAAGUACUAUGGCAGCUACUUCAAGAACACAGACCUGUGGAUCGUCAUGGAAUAUUGUGGAGCCGGCUCCGUCUCUGACAUCAUCAGACUGCGUAACAAAACGCUCACAGAAGAUGAGAUCGCCACCAUCCUGAAGUCAACACUGAAGGGUCUUGAAUAUCUUCACUUUAUGAGGAAGAUCCAUCGGGACAUCAAGGCAGGAAACAUCCUCCUCAACACAGAGGGACACGCCAAACUUGCUGACUUUGGAGUCGCCGGACAACUAACGGACACUAUGGCAAAGAGAAACACUGUGAUCGGUACUCCGUUCUGGAUGGCCCCAGAGGUGAUCCAAGAGAUCGGCUACAACUGUGUAGCUGACAUCUGGUCUCUAGGCAUCACGUCCAUAGAGAUGGCCGAGGGAAAGCCUCCCUACGCUGACAUCCAUCCUAUGAGAGCCAUCUUCAUGAUCCCCACCAACCCUCCUCCUACAUUCAGGAAGCCGGAGCUUUGGUCGGACGAGUUCACAGACUUUGUCAAGAAGUGUUUGGUCAAGAAUCCUGAGCAGAGAGCGACCGCCACACAGCUCCUACAGCAUCCGUUCAUCAGCCAGGCCAAACCGGUCACAAUCCUGAGAGACCUGAUAACUGAGGCCAUGGAGAUGAAAGCCAAGCGGCAGCAGGAGCAGCAGAGAGAGCUGGAGGAGGAGGACGACAACUCUGAGGAGGAGACGGAGGUGGACUCUCACACUAUGGUAAAGUCGGGCUCGGAGGGCGCAGGGACCAUGAGGGCCACCAGCACCAUGAGCGAUGGAGCACAGACGAUGAUCGAACACGGAAGCACCAUGUUGGAGUCGGACCUCGGCACUAUGGUCAUUAACAGUGAUGAUGAAGAGGAGGAGGAAGAUCAGGGAUCCAUGAGAAGGCACGCCACCCCCCAGCAGCCCAUACGUCCGUCCUUCAUGGACUACUUUGACAAGCAGGACUCCAACAAGGCAGCCCAGCAGCAGGAGAACUACAAUCACAACCAGCCGCAGGAGCAGCCCGGCUACCACAUCCAGUCCAAGAACGUCUUCCCUGACAACUGGAAGGUGCCUCAGGAUGGAGACUUUGACUUUUUGAAAAACCUGGACUUUGAAGAGCUGCAGCUGCGUCUGAGUGCCUUGGAUCCCAUGAUGGAGCGAGAGAUCGAGGAGCUCAGGCAGCGCUACACCGCCAAGAGGCAGCCCAUCCUGGACGCCAUGGACGCCAAGAAGCGACGGCAACAGAACUUCUGAGUGCUCCUCUUCCCUGUCGCCUUCACCCUCUGGUCUGGGUUUCCCAAAGCCACCAUGACUACAAAACGUAUGUCAAGUUGACUCAGAAGAACUAUGAUGACCUUGUUGGAAGCCCACUGCUGGUCUGACCGGCUGCUGACUGAAGGAGCAGUCGGUCAGCAGAGGAGGAAAGGAGGAAAGUUUGUUGUCGUCUGUGAAAUUUAAUGGUUUCGUCGCCUGGGUGACAUCCAUUUUGGCCCCUGAAUUCCUCUCUCGUACGUCUAUCCGGCUUGUUCGAUACUAUUUCUGGAUGCUAUUAGUCCAUUUUCUCACAUUUGUUUCUAAACUUCCUGUAAAGUUUAUUUUUUUCUGGAGGUCACAAAAUGAAUUUCCCCCUUUUUCAAUGAAGUUACCCGUUAUGUCACCCAGAUCGGCCUCUGGAAACCAAGUUCCCCCCCUACAACAUCCAGGCCAACAUGCCACCCAUCCUCUGGCAUCAGUGAAUUUAGAAGCAGUGUGGUCAGUAACCAGUGGUCGUCUUUUUCUUUUUGUCCUCAGACUUUUUACUUUCAGUGUAAAUAAAAUAAUAUAGAGCCUAGUUUGGAAAUGCCUGCAACAAAAGCUGUGGAGGUUUGUCCAUGACCAAAGACAAUCAAGAUGAUGUUGAUGAAGUUGAGAAUGCCUUAAAAUAUUUGAAAGCUGGUUUUCAAAAAGAGGGGAGAAAAAAAGCAAUGUCAAAAAGACAACCAAGUUUUCUUGAGCUUUAGAGCCUCACUUGGAGAUGAGUUGGAAGUGGACGAUGGAAAGAAGAAAGGACGGAAAUCAUUCAGAUGGUUAAGAAAGAAUUGUGCAUGUUUUCAGUUGUUUGUGGACCAGAAAGAACUUAUUUUAUUCAUAUUUUAUCAUCAUUUAUUUAAUCUUUUCCUCUUUAAUCCUGAUGUUCUGGGCUGCUUUGUACAUUGAGGGCACUGUCUUUAUUGACAGACUACAUGCAUUUUAGUGCCUCAUAACACAUCUGUACCAGUUGUGCAUCUCUUUCUGAGUGCAGACUCAGGCCGUAUUCAGACAAAAUCAGCAAGGUUGAGUGAAGGUGUUUGUGCUCGAGAAUAUAACCGCUGCAAAACAAUCAGAAAAUAACAUUUUAUUAUUAGCUUUCUCACUACCACCGUUCUCUCUCUUCAUUCACUUUGUAGCCCGCUCGAUCACAGCUGCUCUCUCUUCAAAGUCUGACUCUACUUUUUACAUAAUCAAACAAAGAGAUGAAUGUCCUCCCUUCCUCCUAGUAACGGUUGUCAGGUUGUGUUUCUCUGUAGUUGACUGGAUAAAAUUUCUUACCGCAGGCCAGUUUGGCGCAGCUGUGGCAACAACCCCCUGCAGCCUUAAAUGCACUACCACUGUUCAAAUGAAUGAGAGGACUGGCGUUCUCACAGCACCGGCCUGAUUUGGUCUGAAUACGGUCUUAUCCACUGCUCUUAAUUCAUUUAAAAGCAGACUUUUCACUCUAAUGAAAAAACAAAGUUAAAAUCCAAAUCAUUCCGAGGUAAUAACACAUUUAAAACUUCUUAUUUCCAUACAAGCAAAAUCAUUCCUGUGUGACUUAUUUUUAUCUCUCAAGAGUCUUUAAACACCAUGUACGUCAUUUAAAUGUCCUAAUGAUCCUGUUUUCUCUGAUUGUUCCACACUAUGAUUGAUAAGAGUUACAUAAAAACCGUGAAUGUGGAAGAUAGCGCUUCAGGGCUCGGAGAAGAAAGCAACCAGGCAAGAGUUGUCACGUUGUACGGCUGUUGUCCACUUCAGGAGAAAAGCAUCAGGUUGAGACGACAAAGUGACCAACUGAUAUCAGAUAGCUGCUGCAUCAACCACACGUCUAAAUGUCUGAAUUUCAGACUCAUUUAUAAAAAAUUUCCAUUAGUAACUCUUUAGUUCAUGCAGCUUCCGUGUACGCUUCAGCAGAUACGAGUGAGAAUGUAACAAUUAACGAGGUGUGACCUUACUAAUGAAGAUGUUGCGUGCUUGGAGCAUACUUGUGAGUUAGAAUAACUAUGCUUGCAUAAAACUGCCCAGGUCCGAGUUCAACUGUGUGUGUGUUGUGAAAUCAGUUUUCAUUUAUGUAGGUGAAGGUUAGUCAGGCUUUGGAGCUGUGCUGAAGGUGAAACAGUGGCAACGGUUUUGGAAAAUCCACACUGACAAGAUAAUGGCGUAUUUCAUGAAGGAAACUAACUGUCAGGGCUUGAAAUUAUAGUUUCUGUUGAUUAUUACAUCUUUUUAUUCUUCACAUGUGCUAAUAACGACCCUUUGAAUGAUUUCAGACUGUCCUUAUACUAAAUACAUGUAUGUCUGCAGAUCGCUGUUCUAUAUGAAUGUUAGUAUGCAGUCUUGGUGGUGUGGAUCAACCCGCACACGCUGCGUAUUAAUUUGAAUAAUAUGGUAGCCUCAUAUAAAUCUGUUACACUAUUUGAUGGACAAUGUGGCCAAAAUGAGCUGACUUUUUAAAAACCUUUUCAUCUAAAUUUCAAUCAAGUACUCUUCUCAGCUUUUGAAUGAAUCAUGUCUGUUUGUUCUUUCAAAUGUUUUUUUUUUCCCCUGAACCAUAAUGAAUUUAAAUGUCACUCACUUUUUUUGCUCUGUGCUGAAGUCUUGCGGUGCAUUGGCAACUUACAUACAAGCAUUCACACUUUUAUUUAUUGAACGUUUCUUUUUUUUUGUGACACUGGUUGAAAUAUAGAAGCUGACAUGGCUGUUAAUAUUUUUGCCGUCUGUCAAAAUUAUGUGUGGCUUCAUUUCUGUGUGUUUUAGACUAUGCAUGUUUGAUUGCAGCUUUUAACAAAAACAAAACUAUCUGCUCUGUCUUUGCAAUGUGACAUUGUUGAGAAUCUGCCAUAUUAUGUAUAGUUAUCUGAAAUCUAAAAUCACGUUUUGAUAUAUAGCUCUAUGAUUUAAUUUGUUUUCUGUUAUUUCUUCUACUUGAGGGUGUAGAGUGGAAUGUAAGCAUUUAUGUUUGAACCACUUAAUUUAUUAUCUUUUGUUUGUUUGUGAUACUUUAUAAAGUUUUGAAAAGGUGCAAGAAAUAAUAAAAGUUACUUCUAGUUAA